AUGUCUGCUGAAAAGGUAGAAAUAGAAGAUUAUAAGAGGGUUGCUACCGUUUUGGCCGAAGCAUUUUAUCACGAUCCAGUACAUCUUUACUUUGCUGGACCCGAAAACGGGGAACAGUAUGCCAAAUUAAUACAAGAUUGCUUUGAAUACAUUGCUUAUGCCGCCUUAAUGCGUGGCCAUGUUUAUCAGGUGGAUGACUUUUCCGGCGUUGCUUUAUGGACUGGACCAGGUGAAAGAAUUGAUGAUUGGUAUACCGUUUUUAAAAGUGGUUUAUGGAGAUUGACCUACAAGUUGGGUGCCGAAAAUCGCCGUCGUUUCUUCAAAGAACUGAUCCCAUUACACAACAGGGUGAUGCCAGAAGCCAUGGCAGGUCGAACCCAUAAUUUUUGGUACCUUAUGUUUGUCGGCGUAAAAGAAAACAGUCGAGGAAAGGGAUAUCUUCGGAGACUCAUUCAACCAGUAUUAGAGAUUGCCGAUCAAAGUAAUCUUCCCUGCUAUCUCGAAUCGACUCAUCCCAAUAAUCGUCCAAGAUACGAGCAUUUUGGCUUCAACGUCGUCCAAUCCGUUCAUAUAAAGGAUGGCCUUAACAGCAUCCCCAUUGAUGUUAUGGUUCGAGAGCCAGAUAGUUUUUAUGGUUCAGGACAGGCGAGCUAA